GUUCUGUACGGUUUUCCCGAGCGCGAGACAUUUUCCACACAUAUAAAAAAACUCAACACACACAAAAAAACGUUCACAACUUCAAACAAUAUACGAACAAUCGCUGUGAUUGUACUGUUCGUGCACGCGCCGAUACGUCGUUGUGGCUCGCAAGCCACCGCCGUCACAUCAGCACACACACACACACAUAUACAUAAUAUACAUUGUUUCCGUGGUCACCACGCUGACAGCAACUGCAAUGACGACACGGCAGCGAAACGAACAGCGACCGGACGACGACGACGACGGCGGCGGCGGUGACGGUGACGAUGACGAUGCGGUUUCGCGGUCGCCGCCGCCGCCGCCACCACCGCCGCCGCCGCCGCCACUGUCACCAGAUCCACCGCCACCACCGCUGCCACCACCGUUACUACAACCACCACCACCGCCACCGCCGCCGCGAUCUCCACCUUCGCCGACUACACCGUCUCCGCCACCGACCGUACGUCCGGCACCCGAAGAUGUGGCCGGCGGAUCGGUCGCAUCCGCAGCUGUGGCCGCCGCUGCAGCCAAGCUACGGCCGGCCGAAUCGCUGAUGUUAAGCCCGUCGCUGUACUACAAACGGCUAUUGGCCGCAAACGUGGCCGCCACUUUCGGCAAAGCCGUCAAAGCGCACCACCAACAGCAGCAGCAGCACCACCAACAGCUGCACCAGCAACAGCUACAACUGCACCCCCAUCACCACGGCGUCGUCGGCGGUCAUCACCACGUGGCCGCGCUGCACAACGCGCACGGCUUGCAUUUGCAGGCGGCCGGUCACCAUCAUCAAAACCAACUCAUGGGUCAUCACCAGCAGCAGCAACAACCGUCCAUCGCGGGCAACAGAUCAGCGGCGGGUGCUUGCACGUCCGGCGACGACGACGAAGAUGACGGUGACGACGACGACGACGACGACGAUGACGACGACGAUUGCGACGACGAAGACGACGACGCGGACAGCGGAGGACACCAUCACAAGAUCGGCGGCGUGGAGAAGGCGGCUUUCCUGUGGCCGUCACCGGAGCAACAGGCACAGCAGCAACAGCAGCAGCAGCAGCAGCAGCAACAACAGCAACAGCAGCAACAACAGCAACAGCAGCAACAACAGCAACAGCAGCAGCAACAGCAGCAGCAGCAACAACAGCAGCAGCAAAAUAACCUUGCCGUGGCCGGUGGUCAGACGUUGGGCCCCGGAGCCGGUAGCCUAAACAACAACAACAACAACAGUAGCAGCAACAACAACAACAGCAGCAGCCACCUGAACGGCAACAAGUGUGGCGUCGGCGGUAUCGGGUCGGCCGUCCACCCGCAACACCUACAGCAGCAAGGUGGCGCGGCCACCGGGGCGGGCGGCACCGGACUGGUGCACUGGAUGUCCAUGAUGGCCGAGCACAUGAACAACGCCGCGGCCACACAUCACCAUCACCAUCACCCACAUCACCAUCAUCACCCUGCCGAUCCGGCCAACGCCAUGCACUACAUGUGGAAUACGCCGGCCGUAGACGUGCAAUGUGGUGGACAUGGCAAAGAAGUGGACUAUAGUUGGACUAGACAGACAGCCAUGAAACAAGGCUAUGAGGCGAAAAUGAACAACAACGAUCAUAUUCAACAACUUUCAAAAGGUGGUAUGGAGGAUGGAUCUGGUAUGUACCAGCAACACGGGGGUGGUACGCCAAGGUCACAUAGUACAGCAAGUACGGCUAGCAGCAUUUCACCCACUGGUAACUCAGCGACGCCCAUGUUAAUCGUACCACAUCCGAUAAAUGCCGCCAAAAUCACCGACGCACAUCACGUGGUUACGCAUCAAAACGGUGGUGGCCGAAAAUAUACUUGCAAAAUGUGCCCAUCGGGUCGCGGUAGGAAGCGGGGCGUGAACAAAGGUAGAGACGGUCUCGGAUGGUCGAGUGUGGACCACGGAAACCCAGAGCAGAUAUUUGCGUCCAAGUCGGAAUUGCAAUUGCACUCGCAGCUGCACGUCAAAGACGUGAAACCGUACAAAUGCCAUCAGUGCAACAAAACAUUCGCCAACAGCUCGUACCUGAGCCAGCAUACGCGCAUCCAUCUGGGCAUCAAACCGUACCGGUGCGACAUCUGCCAGCGGAGGUUCACGCAGCUCAGCCACCUGCAGCAGCACAUUCGCACGCACACCGGCGACAAGCCGUACAAGUGCAGGCAUCCAGGCUGCACCAAGGCGUUCUCGCAGCUCAGCAACCUGCAGUCGCACUCCCGGUGCCACCAGACGGACAAACCGUUCAAGUGCAACUCGUGCUACAAGUGCUUCCAGGACGAGCAGUCGCUGCUCGAGCACAUACCCAAGCACAAGGAGUCCAAACACCUCAAGACGCACAUAUGCCAGUACUGCGGCAAGUCGUACACGCAGGAGACGUACCUGUCCAAGCACAUGCAGAAGCACGCCGAGCGGAUGGACAAGCGGCCGCCGAUCAUCGGCAUACCGCGCGUGGCCCUGGAGAACGGCGCGUACUGGGGCAAGAUGUCACCGGACACGGCCAACAACCUAGUGGAGGCCAUCAAUCAGCAACAGCAACAGCAGGAGUGCAUGCAGGGAGGAGGCGGCGGCGGCGGUUCCAACGGCGGUGGCGGCGUCGCGACUGCCGGCGACUUGAACGCCGGUGGACCGUCCAGCACCGCGGCGUCCGUGGCCGCCGACGACCAGCCGUCCAACAGGCACGGCACCCACCUACCCACAGCACCUUCCGAGUACCUGUCGGACGCGUCGUCCGUGCCCAAGACCAGCACGUCCGCGUUCACGCCCAUCCAGUCGUUCGGACUGCCGACGCACCCGCCGCCGCCGCCACCGUCGCACCACCCGCACCAUCCGCACCACCAGCAGCACCACCAGCAGACCAUGUACAUGCCGUACAACCACUUGUCGUUCCCGAGCGCCAAGCAGCUGGGCGCGCACGGCCACCAACUGUCGCCGAUGGCCGGGCCCAUGGACAUGAAGCCGCCGUCCGUCGGGUCCGUGCCCAACGGGUUCCCCAACCAGCUGAUCUCGCUGCACCACAUACGCAACUACUCGCACCAGCCGAGUCCCUCGUCCAUCAUGUCCGAACACCUGUUGCACGGCAUGAAGGACAAAGUGCAGUAGUAGUGGGUGACGAGCUGCGGGGCACACACAGCGGCGUCGUACGACUGCGUUUUUUAUUACGUUAUUAUAACGUGGCACGCCACCGCGACUCGCGGCUCCGUACCGCGUGUCGUAAUAAUAUCUGUAUUUAUG